ACUACGGUUCGCACCAGUCCCCCAGAGAUUCCGUAGCUACGCAAGAUGAUCUCUGAUUGGUGUGGAAAUCGAUUUGGCUUGCUGCUGGUUUUAUUAGUGGCCCUGUGCCAAUUAGCUGGUGCCAAACUGCCAUCUACUAUAAAGCCAUGUGCUCGGGAUGAUCCUCAAUUGGAGCGCUGCAUCAUCAAUGCUGUCUACAAUUUAAGGCCUCUACUAGUUCAUGGUAAUCUAGGAGAUGGCUAUACAACGCCACCCCUAGAGCCCUUGGCCCUGGAUAAUAUCGAACUAGGAAGAAGCAGCCAGUUUCAAGCUUUGUUUACGGAUCUCGAGGCCACUGGAGGGAGUAACUUUAUCAUAGAUCGCCUCAUAGCAAAACCAUGGGAUAUAUCAUAUGAUCUUUGGAUUACACUUCCACGCAUCGACUUUAGGGGACGUUAUUCAAUGCACCUCAACUUGCUUCUACUCGAUAUCAAGGGCAGGGGAAACAUGCAGGGAUAUUGCGAGAAUGCCAAGGCAUCCGUUAAAAUGCGUGGCACUCGCUAUCUGCGAAAUGGACAGGACUAUGUAAAGUUCACCAAGAUGACCAUGCGGAUCGAGUUCAAGGACUUUAAAUUGAAUCUGGAGAACUUGUUCAAUGGCGACCGGAUUUUGGGAGAUGUUGGCAAUGCCCUUAUCAACAAUAAUCAGGACUUGUAUCUGAAUGAAAUAGUGCCUGGCCUGGAGCAUGGUCUUUCCAAGAAGUUUUUAGAUGUGGCCAAUGAAAUCCUAGCCACGGCUACCUUUGAUGAAAUGUUUCCACCAAGUAGGACCGUUAUCAAUCCCAUUACGUUCCCUUCGCGAAUACCAGCGGCGACGGGUCUGGGUCCAGACAUUUUUGAAACGCCUUUUGCCUCCAAAAAUCCAGAAGGUGGAAUUUUUGGGCAUAAGAUAUGAGUAGAAACUUUAAAAUAU